CAUAAAAGAGGAAAAUCACUGGAUUUUGGUUGUGAUAUCAUUCACUGACAGGUCCAUCUACGUAUACAACUCAUACCGAGCUGCAGGGCAUGAUGCUGUCGUUAGAGUCGGAGUGAAAAUGUUGGCUACUCUAGUGACACAUAGUCUACAAAUGACUGAUUUCUAUGAGAAGAAGGCGGAUAUAGAUUUUGUCACACAUCCUUCUUACAGAAAUAGAGAACAGACCGACAACUUUGACAUUGUGAAUGUAGACAAUCUCCCGCAACAAGCUCCCUCUAGCAUGGAUUGUGGUGUGUAUGUGGCAGCCUUCGCUGAAUACUUGAGCUCAAGUGCAGUCAUCCCAACCGAAUUCGAUGCAAAGUUACUCCGUAUGAGAUAUGGUGCCCUUUUAUGCGACUAUGCAUGGGAUAAGUCAAACAACAAUGCAUCAAGUGAUAACGAGCAGCCUCCAAGACCAAUUAGACCGGCAGUUGAUUACGAUGCAGUUGAUAAAGAGGAUCUUGAUUAGGCCACCAAUUCAUUUGUGUUUUUGAUUUUCAUGUUGAACAAUAGCAUAGUUGGUUGCGACUUUUGUUGCUG